GAUCCAGCGGGCAAGUCUCUUCACGUGGCGUGACGCCAGGGGCAAGGCUUCGCCCAUCCCAGAUAAAACAAAACAAAAACUAGUUCAGCGAGCAACACAUCAGUUAACUAAAUACGGUUCGAUAAUCUUGCAUGUCAAGAGGUGAUGCUGGGUGUGGCCGGAAUGACGGGCAGCAUCGCCAAUGCCCUGGCCAGUGCGGCCUGUGAACGAUGCAAGAGUGGCUUUGCUCCCACUGAGAAGAUUGUCAACAGCAAUGGAGAGUUGUACCAUGAACAAUGCUUCGUGUGUGCCCAGUGUUUCCAGCAGUUUCCGGAGGGACUCUUCUACGAGUUUGAAGGCCGGAAAUACUGCGAGCACGACUUUCAGAUGCUCUUUGCUCCCUGCUGUCGUCAAUGCGGUGAAUUCAUCAUCGGUCGUGUCAUAAAGGCCAUGAACAACAGUUGGCACCCCGACUGCUUCUGCUGUGACAUCUGCCAGUCUGUGUUGGCUGACGUGGGCUUUGUCAAAAAUGCUGGCAGGCACCUAUGUCGCCCGUGCCAUAAUCGGGAGAAGGCUCGUGGUCUCGGCAAGUACAUCUGCCAGAAGUGCCACGCCAUCAUUGAAGAGCAACCACUGAUCUUUAAGAAUGACCCUUACCACCCGGACCACUUCAACUGCAACAAUUGCGGGAAGGAGCUGACAGCUGAAGCCAGGGAACUGAAAGGCGAACUUUUCUGCUUGCCGUGCCAUGACAAGAUGGGCGUGCCCAUCUGCGGAGCGUGCAGGAGACCCAUCGAGGGCCGUGUUGUCAAUGCUAUGGGCAAGCAGUGGCACGUUGAGCAUUUUGUGUGCGCCAAGUGCGAGAAGCCGUUCCUUGGCCAUCGCCAUUAUGAGAGGAAGGGCUUGGCUUACUGCGAAACGCAUUACAACCAGCUUUUCGGUGAUGUGUGUUACCACUGCAACCGUGUGAUUGAGGGUGAUGUCGUUUCCGCUCUCAACAAGGCCUGGUGUGUCAGUUGUUUCUCCUGCUCCACCUGCAACACAAAGCUCACCCUCAAGAACAAAUUUGUUGAGUUUGACAUGAAGCCUGUUUGUAAAAAGUGCUACGAGAAGUUUCCCCUUGAGCUGAAGAAAAGGCUGAAGAAGCUGGCUGAAGCAUUAGGACGCAAAUAGGCAAGUUGGCCUGACAAUUAAGAACAAAAUGGUUUUCAUCAUCAUGGUUUAUUCUAUAUUUUAUAGUCAACGCUUUAAAAAAUAUAUAAUUCUAUACGUGUGUAUAAAAAAUAUAUCUACUUUCCUAAAGUGACCUUACCCUGUAUGUCCCUUUUCUCAUGACCAUCGAACAAGUAAUUCAUGUGUCCAAUUUAUACUUUUACUUGAAAUGUGUGUUGAGUUUGGUCCAAGCCGCAUUUAGUCGCAAUGCUCCGUUCCGUGAUUAUUAUGAACAAGACGCAGAGGAUAUUUAAAGGCAUUUUUGAUCAAUCGUCCUUGUUUGCUUUCCCAAGUCCAAAUAAAAAAAGUAAACAGCA